AUCAGUCUUAAAUCUAAUAUUAGAUUGCCGUAGACAUGGAAGGUAAUAUUCGUACCAAAAAUGUUGUGCACACAAGGCUUGAGUCAAACUGUUAACUGAUGUUCGGGAUCAGUGAUGCAGUUUAGGAUACAAGGCGAGUAAUCCAUCAUUGGGUUCUUCUGACUAACAACAUGGACAACUAUACCAGAAAUUGGAUUGGUUUGUUUAUUUUGGGAGCCAUAAACAACCUGCCAUAUGUUAUAGUUGUGUCGGCAGCCAAAACCAUAGCUGACAGUUUUGAUGAAAGGAAUCAGGUUGGUCUGGUGGUAGGAGCCAAUGUGGCACUGUCUGUUGUUGUCAAAUUUGGCAAUACAUUUUUCUUGCUGAAGACAAGAUACUGGAUCCGCUAUGUCGUAAAUGCUGUCCUCAUGCUCAUAGGUCUGUUUGGUGUGGCCUAUGCAUUCAGCUUUUGGUUUGCUCUUAUCUGUAUUGUUUUUGUUGGAGCUAGUGCAGCGUUUGGAGAAAAUGUUGCCCUUGGAUAUCUGCGCCUGUUUCCUAGUACUUUAGUGAACGCCUGGUCCAGUGGUACAGGCAUGGCCGGGGUCCUUGGCGCUGGUAUUUACAUCAUAUUUGGAUGUGUGGUAGGAGCGGGUGGACAUAACACAGCCCAGCUCAAAAGUCUGACAAAAUAUGCAUUCCUGUUGACAACCCCGUUCGUAGCUCUGUAUAUGAUCAGCUACUUCUUCAUCAUUAAACCACCACUUCCAGAAGAAACAUCUGACCAAGGGUCAGCAAGGUCAGUUGGGAAUGUCCAGGCAGAGGAGGAGGAAGAUGAGGUUCACAAACCGCUGUUGCAUGAUGCGGUCAGUGGGGAGGAACAAGUUUUUGAAGCCCCAGCAGAACGACUAAGGAUGUAUGAAGAGACCAUGUGUAGACGGAUCAUCAGGUGCUUCAAGUUAACGACCUGGCUGUCCUUCAAUCUGUGUGCUGUGUACCUGUUUGAAUACAUAGUGCAGGGAUGUGCGGCUAAAGUCAGACCUAAGUCGGAGUACAACAUUGGCUGUCCUGAGCUCUAUGCUGCCCUGUCUCUGUGUUACCAGGCCGGGGUAUUUGUGUCCAGGUCGUCUGUCCAGUUGCUACGGAUACAGCGAAUAGAGAUACUGACCAUUCUACAGGCCAUCAACAUGGUCAUCUGGCUGUUUGAUGUACAUUACAAGUUCAUGCCGACAUCCAUUUUGCCUGUCGUGAUGAUAUAUGUUGGUCUCCUUGGUGGCGCCUCCUAUGUUAACAUCUUCUUCCGAUUACUUCACGAUGAUGUGUAUCCUGAUAAGGACAGAGAACUCUGUAUAAAUAUUGUGGCUAUCUUCAUCACUCUAGGCAUAGUGUUGGGAACUGUAUCAGAGACCAUACUUUUCAACACUGUUCUAAAAUCUGACUAGCGCAGACUUUCUACAGAGGCUGUACUCCACAAAGGACUAGCAACCUCAACUACACAAACAGACUAGCAGUCUCCAUACCUUAUAGUCUUUUGCUGUCUCACCUGUCUUAAGGGACCAUCUAACAGUCUACAGUGUAAAAUGUCCUACCUACAGUGUUCAAUCCAAUCAAGCGGGCACACCUGUUCAAAAGACCAUCCAUAUACAUUUAGUUAAGCUUUAAGUGAUUGCCAGCUCCCUAAAAAUCUUAGUGUACCCAUCAUCAGUCUAAUCUAGUCACCAACAGUUCUGUUUUAGAUAUUUAUUUAUGUCACAUUAUGGGAGUUUAUUCUAAAUUUCUAUGAUCAAGAUGUCUAGUUAAGGUACAGAACAUGUUCAUAUUAAUUUUAGAUGGAAGGAUCAACACUGGUAUGCUAUCUAUAGAAAUAGAUGAUAGGAUUACAGAUGUUCUUAGAGUUGUCUACCUUCCCCUGCUAUGCUUGGGUGUAUAGACUGGCCAUGAUGUAUGUGUUGGUAACAUAUGUCAUCUAUAGACUGGGGUUGUGCAAUACUGUAAACCAUACUCAAGUUUAUUCCUGUGAAGAGCUGCUUGUUGAGAUAUUUUAUUGGUGUUGUGUCUACAGCUCAGUGUAGUUACCACAAAUGUUUUACAAUAUAUUUUUUAAAGUUCUUUGAAUUGUUCAGGUCUGAAUGGUCAAAUGAUGAUGUAAAGAGUAUUGUGCAUGAUUGCUUGUCUUUCAAAUAAAUUUCCCAGAAUAACUAUAUUUGUUUUUGUGGUUGUGUCAUGUAUACCUCAAAACAGUAUGUGGAGGUUUUUGCAUGAACCUUUUGUAGAUUCAUGCAAAAACACGGUUUCACAGGUGUCUCUAUGACAUGACAAUAGGGCGCAAUAUUUAUUUCUAAUAAUUAUAAUAUUUUAUGCUCUUUGUGAUUGAAUUUGCUUUUCGUAGCAUUUUUGUAUGACCAUUAUGUUUAAUGUGUAUUGAAAGCAGACUGAUGUGAUAAUAAACAAUUAGCCUUGUGAUGUGAUAUUAUACUAUCCUACAAUACAUCUCCAGCAAACACUCAGACAUACACACAUAGGGAGAUAUUAGCCAGGUGGCAUAGGACAAGAAGUUAG